AUGGACUCCCUUCAGUUACCUGCAAAGGUGGAAAAGUAUGAAGAUUUCCUCAACGAGCGAUUGAGGACAGAUCUGAAGAUGGUGUUGAAUCAGCGAGACCAGUUGUACAGUGACAUAGGAGAGCUGACUCAACUAAAGCAGACCAUACAACACAUGCAGAGUGUACCCCCUCCUCUCAAGACUAUGGUAGACAUUGGCUGCAACGUGUAUACACAGGCUAGAGUGGAGGAUGUCUCCACAUUGUGUGUAGCUGUAGGAAUGGGGUUCUUCCUGGAGAUGGAGCUAGGGGAAGCAAGUGUGUACGUGGACAAGAGGGUAACAGAACUGACAGAAAGAGCUUUAGAGUUGACCCAUCAAGCAUCUCUUAUAAAUGCUAGAAUCAAGAUGGUGCUUCAAGCACUCAAUGAACUGCAAUUUAGUAGUGACACUUUAGAGCAGCCUCAUAGACAUGUAUGGUGA